AUGGUUACACCACCUGUUUUUGACCUGCUAGUGCAGGUCCAGCAGUGUGAGCUCGGUUUGGUUCACCGAAGGGAACGGGUUGGUUCUGCGGUGGAAACGGUUUGGUUCGCCGGUGGGAACGGGUUUCGUUCUCUGUUCGCGUUAGUUGGUGGGAACGGUUUCGCCGGUGGGAAAGGGUGGGUUCGCUGGCUGUUGAAUAUGUCUUCCCAUACCCAGGAGUCUAGGUCGAACACUCGGAUUGAUGAAGCAGCACUUGAUUCCUCUGCAUUUCAGGGUCCUCAGCAUGUUGUUAAAGUAAUGGUUGAAGGAGGGGAAGGAGAUGUACAUGUCUCUGUUGAUGAGGAACAAGGGACUGAUGAAGAACAGGAAAGUGGAGAUGAACAAGGGACUGAUUCUGAUGAAGAAGAAUGUGAAAAAGAGUCUAAAAAUGGGGUUGAAGAACAAAAUGUUGAUGUGAAGCCGCCAACUGAGAUUGCUAUCAAUGGUUUAGAAGAUUUGGGGAUUGUAAAUUUCAAACAACUAUCUGUCAAUGACAUAGUCACCUAUCACUUUCCGGAUCGUGAGGUUGCUUACUUGUUCUACAGUUGGGAGGGUAAAAGGAAAGAGAAAGCUGAGCCAGAGGUUGAUGGUCAUGCUGGUGAAAAGAGAAAGCGUUUUCCGAAAAAGUCCACAAGAUGUGAUUGUAAGGCUUAUUGUCAGGUCCAUGUUCAUAAGGAUAACAAGCGUUGGCAUGUUAGAUCUGUUUGUGAUGAUCAUAAUCAUGUACUUGUUGAAGAAAAAUUGAUUGGAUUGGUACCUACUCAUAGGAGAAUGAAUGAGGCUGACAUUACUCAAUUGAGUAGCUUUAGGAAGUCAAGCAUUACAACUCCACAGGCUUAUGGUGUGUUUGCCAACCAGAUGGGUGGAUAUCAAAAUGUUUCAUUUGGACCUAGACAAAUGUACAAUGAAAAAUUUAAAAAGAAGAAGGUGGAAGUAUGUGAUGCUAGAGGUGUGAUCGGUUUCUUACGUAAUUUGAAGGAAAAGGAUCUUGACUUGAUGUGGAAACACACCUCUAAUGAGGAAGGAAGGUUGGACAAGUUGUUUUGGAGUGAUGGAAUCAGCCGGGACAACUAUUUAUUGUUUGGGGAUGUGUUGGCAUUUGAUGCCACAUACAAGAAAAACAAGUACAAGCGGUCACUUGUGCUUUUCUCUGGAGCUAAUCAUCACAAUCAGACAAUUAUCUUUGCUGCAGCUUUAGUUUCUGAUGAGAAAGAGGAGACAUAUGUUUGGUUGCUUCACAAUUUGUUAGAUGCAAUGCGGGGGAAAACACCGGUAUCAGUAAUCACAGAUGGAGAUCUGGCAAUGAAAAAUGCAAUUAAAAGUGUGUUUCCAAAUGCGCAUCACAGGUUAUGUGCUUGGCAUCUUCUUUGGAAUGCAGUAAGCAAUGUUUCAGAACCCAAGUUUGUUCAAAUGUUUUCAAGAUGCAUGCUUUGGGAUCUUGAAAUUAUGGAGAUUGAGGACAGGUGGGCUCAAAUGGUUAUUGAAUGUGGGUGUGAAGACAAUGUUUGGGUUCAGGAUUUGUAUGAGCGGAGGAAGAUGUGGGCUGUUGCAUAUAUGCGGGGUGAAUUCUUUGCGGGCUUUCGUACAACCUCUCGGGUUGAGGGAUUACAUGCCCCAGCUGGGAAGUUUGUAGACUCAUGGAACAAUUUGACUGAUUUUAUGCACAACUUCUUUCGAUAUAUGAGUUAUCAGCGACAAAGGGAACUUGAAGCAGAUUUUGCAUCAAUGCACGGUGACCAUGUGCCGCAAACACAAUUGAAGAGGCUUGAAAAGUCAGCUUCCAACCAUUACACGAACAACAUUUUCAGGCUUGUCUCUAAGGGUGUUCACCGGUGUUUGAUGCUAAAGGUUAGUCUUUUCAAGGAGACUUCAACUUGCAUCAUUUACUUUGUUGAAAGGUUUUCUUUGUCCAGUAGGAGAUGGAAUGUGACUAUGUGCAAAACAACCAGUGAGUUCAAGUGCUCUUGUAUGAGGAUGGAAUCAUAUGGCAUUCCAUGCAAUCAUAUUCUUGUUGUUUGUAGAUAUCUAGACCUGCCUGGAAUUCCCUCAUCAUUAAUUAUGGGGAGAUGGACCAAGGAUUCAAAAGAGGGGCUUGAGCUGCGUGGGGAACAAUUGGGUGCAUGGGACCCCAUGGAUCUAUGUAGAUUUACAGUAUUGAGGGAAAACUGUAGGCGAAUGUGUAAAGCAGCAUGUAGAGCACCGGAAACAUUCCGGGACACAAAUGAACCGGUUCUAAAGCAAGCAAGGAAGUUGGAGAAAUUGGAGAAAGGUGAUGGAGUGAAACAAAUUGUACAUGUGGUGGCCAAUGAUGCUGAUCAAUACUUGCGUGACCCACUCAAACCCAUCAAAAGGCGCAUUGGUGGUGCCUCUAGAGGUAGUGGACCGGGGAGGCGUACUUCCCACUGUGUUCUUUGCAGCGGGGCAGGACAUAAUCGGAAAACAUGUCUACGGGCUACACAGUGA